AUGAUGGAAAAAAGAAAAAAAAAGCGAAACGAUGAUAACGCUCGCAACGUUUAUAAGCUGAAAGAGUUACUCACCAACGAUGAGACCACCUCUGCUUGCAUUCAGUGCUGUGAAAGGAAUUCGUACGAGACGUAUAACAACAUUUUGCAAUUUAUAAAAAAAGAUUUGAAUAUCCCCGUGUACGUCCUUGACCUUGUUAGUAUUUAUAAUCACGACAACAUUGCAAAGUUCGUUAAAGACGUUUUUGCAGAAUUUGUAAAGUAUGUUAAGAGGGAGAAAGUGCCCAAGUCGGUCCUGUUUCUGCCCUACUUUGAUGACUGGGUGGUGUCCAUAAGAGAGGGCAGCCAGGGGCAUCGCCACGGCGGUGAUGCGGCUGGCGAUGUUGAUGAUGGCGAUGAUAACGACGGCGAUGAUGACGACAGCGAUGAUGACGUUGGCGGCAACCGCGAACCAGACGAAUCAACGAAUUUCUUCCAAACGGAUGGUAGGAAAAAAAAAAGGAACGCGCCAUACGUCAAUGUGCAUAUAUAUAACUCCAUUUAUUACUUAAAAAAUAAGUUGCUAACAAAAUUGGGCAAGAAAAAGCUCUGUGUUAAAUUAAUCGGUUUGCACAAAACGAGGGGAGCCUUCGACUUAUAUAAUGACCUCUUUGAUUGCAAAAUAAUUAUCUCUCAGUUUGUCAGCACGCCCAUCCCAUACUACAUUCACAUGAACAGAGACAUCCAUAAAAGGCUCUCAAAGAAGAAAAAAAUUUCGAUCGACGAUGUGUACUCUGUUCUGGCUAGCAAGGUGGAUUAUUUGGACAGCGCGCGCGAAAAAAAUGUAAAUCUCUUUAAAUGCUUUUUUGCGUAUUAUUAUAAAUUUCAAAGGGGUGUUAUAAGAAGGUCCAGAAAAAGGAGACAGAGGAAACAGCUGGAACUGACAAACGAAAGCGCUCAGUGUCCAAAUUGCGAAUCUUUAAAUACAAAUUUUAAAUGGGUAAACUGCCUCACAAAUUUGAAGUAUUUUAAGUGUCUUCGAAAGUACAAAUAUUUUUUAACCAGUAAAAAAAAAAAAAAAUUCACCAUUUUUUUUUUCACACAUAGGGAUACAUACGUUUGGAAAUAUAUCAGCGAACGGUUGUGCUCGCCUUUUUUUAUAAAAGAAUAUAUCAGCACUCUUCUCAAAAGGCACACAAAGUUGAGUGCCACUUUUAAAUGUUCGAAGGGUGACGGCGAGGGUGGUGACACGCCCGGGGUGCCAGGCAGAGAAGACGCCACAACGGGGAAUUUGCCCCUUAUGCGUAGCAGUAAAAAAUACGAUGCUUGCCGCGAUAACCCAAAUCGCUGCCACAGUAGAGGUAACUGCAUGUAUUGGGAGCCCAACCCAGUCAGUUAUGCCAAACAGCGGGUAGACCCAACAUUAAUGCGCCGUAGACAUAUUCGAAAGGGCACAAAUGAGGACCAUUUGGCGCCUAUCCGGAAACGGUUCAUACUGAAAAAUAGGUACCAGCGUGAUGAUAACUACUGUGUGUACAAUUCGCAACCAAGAACUUUAUUAAGAUUUUAUUUUAGCAAAAUAAAUCUACCGAACAUUUGUUUGAUAUAUGGGGGCAGUGGAGUUGGGAAGAGCACCUUACUGCAAUUUUUAGUUCACAUCGUUAGCUUAAAUUAUAAGGACAUCUCUUUUAGCGAAAAGGUGAUGGCCCCUUCACUUCACAGCGCAGCUGAAGGGGAUGCAGGCAAGGUGAGUGAAUGGCGAAACACCAAUACGAGUAAGCAGAACAUGCGUGAAAGCAAAAGAACAGCUUGGGGAGGAAAAAAUUACAAGCAUGUGCCGUAUGCAUCCCUCAUGAGGAGAAUAAAUAUUCGGGAAAAAAAAAAAAUAUUUCUUCAAUUCCAAAAUGUGUGCAUAAUUCCAUUCGAAAGCCAUCUGUUGGUAAAUAAAACAAUCGGGGAAAAUAGCCGGUACAUUAGGAAAAUUUUCACCAUGGCCUUCAAAAACCAGCCAGCCGUUAUCAUUUUUGAUAACAUAGAUCUAUUUCUCGAGAAAAACAGCAAUUACAAACAUCCUGUGGAUGAUCAAAAUGAAGAUGUGUAUAAAAACAUUUACAUUUUACUAAUACAUUAUUUGCGUACGUACGUGAAUGGGUCGAACAGAAUAAAGUUUCUCGCAACGUGCAGUGUGCAUCCACAGUUUUUUAAAUUUUCUUUCCUCAAUUUGGUGCAGCGUAUACUGUUCAUUUCGUGACACAUUGGGGGGCGCACCCCAAGUGUGUGUGUUUUGUUUCUCCCGUUCGGAGUUUUUUUUUGUCACAACUUCUAACAUUUGUAACCUAAAUAUUGGCCUUUUUUCUUGGGGGCCUCUUCCUAUGUGUACGCAACACAGCGGAGAGGGAGAUCCUGUCCUAAGCCGCGGAGAAAGACUUUUUUUUUUCUUUUUCCCCCCACUCUUUUUAAUUUUCCUUCUUAAUCAUUCGCAUCGGAGCAUAGCCAAUAUGCUUCUUUUCCGUUGCGUC